GACACCUCCUCCCAUAACCUUUGGCGGUCGCAAGAGCCUUUCUUCCGGCUCUCCUCUCCCCCCUCCCUCACACCCAGCUCGUCCCCUUGGACCAACGCGAGGCCGAAGCCAAUCCCACAUCUCCUACAUCUCCUACCUCUAGCCAAGAAGUACGCGUAGAGCGAGAGGGCAGAGGUAGAGAGAGAGAGACGCAUAAGAAUCUCUCUCACGCUCUCUCUGUCUCUGCCCAUCAAUCUUUUUGCCUUCGAUUCUUGUUGCAUUGUGGAUUGGUUUUCUUGGGAAGGAGGCUGCUUUCUCUCUUGAUCUAGAUGAUGGCGAGCACUACGUCAGCUACAGCCGCUGCAGCAUUCGGGGCCGCCGCGGCCGCCAAGCCGCGGGGGCCGGCGGCGGCCUGCCCGACGGUGGCCGGCGGCGGGAGGCGGCGGUCCGGGGUGGUGCGGUGCGACGCCGGCGUGGAGACCCAGGCACAGGCGGUGGCCAAGGCGGCCAGUAUCGCCGCGCUCGAGCAGUUCAAGAUCUCCGCCGACCGGUACAUGAAGGAAAGGAGUAGCAUAGCUGUGAUAGGCCUCAGUGUACACACAGCACCAGUGGAGAUGCGUGAAAAACUUGCUGUUGCAGAGGAACUAUGGCCCCGUGCUAUUUCAGAACUCACCAGUCUGAAUCACAUUGAAGAGGCUGCUGUUCUUAGUACCUGUAACAGAAUGGAAAUUUAUGUGGUGGCUCUAUCAUGGAACCGUGGUAUCAGAGAAGUAGUAGACUGGAUGUCAAAGAAAAGUGGUAUACCUGCUUCUGAGCUUAGGGAGCACCUGUUCAUGUUGCGUGACAGUGAUGCUACACGCCACCUGUUUGAGGUAUCAGCUGGGCUGGACUCUUUGGUUCUCGGUGAAGGACAAAUCCUUGCUCAAGUUAAACAAGUUGUGAGAAGUGGACAAAACAGUGGAGGCUUGGGAAAGAACAUUGAUAGGAUGUUCAAGGAUGCAAUCACAGCUGGAAAGCGUGUCCGCUGUGAGACUAACAUAUCAUCUGGUGCUGUUUCUGUCAGUUCAGCUGCAGUUGAAUUGGCCCUGAUGAAACUUCCAAAGUCCGAAGGCCUGUCAGCUAGGAUGCUGUUGAUUGGUGCUGGCAAAAUGGGCAAAUUAGUGAUCAAACAUCUGAUCGCCAAAGGAUGCAAGAAGGUUGUUGUGGUGAACCGCUCAGUGGAAAGGGUGGAUGCCAUUUGCGAGGAGAUGAAAGAUAUCGAGAUUGUGUACAGGCCUCUCUCAGAGAUGUAUGAAGCUGCUGCUGAAGCUGAUGUCGUGUUCACAAGCACCGCAUCUGAAACCCCAUUGUUCACGAAAGAGCACGCUGAGGCACUCCCCCCUAUUUCUGAUGCCGUGGGUGGUGUCCGGCUUUUUGUUGACAUAUCUGUCCCAAGGAAUGUCAGCGCAUGUGUGUCUGAAGUUGGCCACGCACGAGUAUACAACGUUGAUGACCUGAAGGAGGUGGUGGAAGCCAACAAGGAAGACAGGCUCAGGAAAGCAAUGGAAGCACAGACAAUCAUCACCCAAGAGCUGAAGCGGUUUGAGGCAUGGAGGGACUCGCUGGAGACCGUUCCAACCAUCAAGAAGUUGAGGUCAUAUGCUGACAGGAUCAGGGCCUCGGAGCUUGAGAAGUGCCUGCAGAAGAUUGGAGAAGAUGCUCUCACCAAGAAGAUGAGAAGAUCCAUCGAGGAGCUUAGCACUGGCAUUGUCAACAAGCUUCUCCACGGCCCACUGCAGCACCUAAGAUGUGACGGCAGCGACAGCCGCACCCUCGACGAGACGCUCGAAAACAUGCACGCCCUCAACAGGAUGUUCAGCCUUGACACCGAGAAGGCGAUCAUCGAACAGAAGAUCAAAGCGAAGGUGGAGAAGACCCAAAAUUGAGUCCAGGAAGCAAUUUUCUACCCGUGUAUCUAUACAUACCCCAAUCUGUCCCAACAUUCUGAUUCAAUUAUUUUAUCCUUCGCUCACUAAUUCCCCUGCUUGCUGAGAUCAACUGUGUCGCGAAAUAGCGCCAUGGCAGCCGCUAAAUCUGUUGAGAGAUAGUAGCGAAUUGUACAUUACUGCAGGUGCUGUGGCAGGAGCCUCAUUCUUAAGUGACAUAUGCUAUUGGACGAAAUAAACAGGAAUCGAUCGAUGUGUCAGUUGAUGCCCUUUGGUGCAUUUUACUUGUAAGCUUGUAAUAAAACUGUAUACCGUUUACGUUAGCACAUGUAUUUAAACUGUUGAGCAUUAACAUUUCUGAAGAGCUCACCUGUUUGUACUUUCUAGAGGGGUCAUGAUUUGAUUCCA